UGACAGGAUCGACAACCUUUCGGAUCUGAAAGUUUUUUUCUGCUAUCUGAUCAGCUGAUUUUGACAAUCCUGUUUUAACACAGAACUCGCAGUUCGCGAUUGUUUGUCGUUUAUUUCAAGUUAAAUGAAAAGGACAGAUUGGAACUGCGAGUAUUAUCGCGUACCUGUUAGGGAAAAGUGAUAAUGGAGCUGCUUUGUUGUCUGUACUUAUUGUCGCUAAAUAAAAGACGCAUAUAGCAAGAUAAUGGAGCACGUAAAAAUGGAGCAAGAUUCUUGUUGAUUCUUUGUUCACAAACAAAACAACUAAGUAUUUCGAUAAUGGCAGCUAAAGUAUAUCAACCCGAUCAGGAGUUGGAGACGAGGGUGAAGAAAGCAACGGAGAGGAUCUCUGAGAAUAUGCACAUCGUCGCCAAUGAACCAUCCUUGGCAUUUUACAGAUUACAAGAGCAUGUUAGGAAAGCUUUGCCCCCAAUGGUUGAAAAGAGGGUAGAAGUACUAGCGCUGAGGCAGCAGCUUCAGGGUCAUUGUUACGACGUUGAGUAUGCGGUCAGUGCAAUAAAGAGUAUGGAUGGAGCCACAAAGAGCUUCAACAAUACCUUGGAAUUAUUGAAAAAUGCCAUUUUCUACAAGCAACAAAUCAAGUACGAGGAGCAGCGCAGGAAAAAGACAGAAGGGAAUAAAGAAUCCAUGUACAAGAGGCUUUCCGCUCAUAUUCCUACUCUUCCAGACGAUCUUUCUGAUGUUGUCCGAGAGACAGCUAAUCGUGUUGAAUCAAUGAUGAAUCACGCGAGACAUUCCAGCACAGAAGGACAGCGAACUAAUUAGUUUGAGAUUAAGUGUUGCAAUUUGUCCAUUUCUGAACAAUCGUCGAUUUUCUUGUAUAAUUAUGAUUUAUGAUAAAAAUGCGCAUACGUUGUUUGUGUAAAUAAUCUCUUUACGCUCAUCAGCUUCAUUUCAUAAUUUUAUAAUUCUCCGCAUGAAGAUUGUUUUUACGUAACAUUAAUCCUUGAAUCAUUGUAAAUAUUUUAUAACGAGUUAAAGCUAUGCUGCAAACGUAUAUGUCUAUUAAAUGCGUUGAAUAAAAAGGAGAAAAAUUAUUUAUUGUAUAUA